CAGUUGGCAUUACAAUUUUGCCACAAAAACUUUUAACUGUGCCUCUUGAUCUAUUUUUUUGUGUUCUAACGAUCCUCAUCACAGGACGGUGGAGGAUCGUGGUGUUCUGUGUGGUGACGCAAAUUAAGGAUUUAAAUUUUCUUCAACAAAAAGGACUUUUUAAGUGCUUAAAAUGAGAGUCUUCGUGGCUCUGUUGGCACUGUGUGCCUUGGCUCGAGCAGAUAUCUCCCUGAUAUCGGCUGGAUCACUCAAUUCUGCUGAUGAUGGAUACUUCUACCCAAAACCAGUGGUUUCAUUUGAACUUCCAACAAGGAUUGAACCAGUCAUACAUAAAGGAUAUGACUACCCAAAACCUAAGAUUCCAUUUGAGGAAAUAAAACCAGUUCGAAUUAUUCCGGAGUACUUGCCACCACCCCCUAAACCAAGUGGCUAUGUAUACCCUAAACCAGUGGUGCCAUUCACCUUGCCACCCCCAACAACUCCUAGGCCACCACCAAGACAGGUGUUCAUUGAGCAAAAAGCCCAAGUUGAGCCACAGGGAUACUACUACCCUAAACCAAAAGUACCUUUCCCUCAACCGACUGCACCUAAGCCAGUUGUACGAGGGUAUGAGUAUCCUAAACCUCCAGUACCCUUCACCCUUCCACCGCCAACAACACAGAGAAUUUACACAACAGAGAAACCAGUCACAAUCCCUCCAACCAGAGGCUACGUUUAUCCAGUCCCUAAGGUUCCUCUGACUCUACCACCUCGUCCAGCACCAACAACACCCAGACCAAUUUAUACAACACAGAAAGCUCUCCCAUCCACCACACGAGCACCUCCUCCACCCGUUGUUCAGGGCUAUUCGUAUCCAAAGCCUGUCAUCCGUUUCGAUUUACCAGCUCCAACGACUCCUAGACCUCCUCCACCUCCACCACCACCAGUAAAGCAAGGGUACUUCUACCCCAAACCCGAAGUACGUCUCCCACUGCCAACGAGACCUCCACCUCCUCCACCAACCUAUACAGCUAUCAAACCCCUACCUAUUGUCAAGCAAGGAUAUGUCUACCCCAAACCACCAGUUCCUUUCAGCCUUCCCCCAAGGAUCUAUACAACUGAAAAACCCCUCUACCUACCUCCUCUUCCUGUCACACCUAAGCCCGUUACAAUUUCCUACUUACCACCUCCCACAACUCCUCGUCCACCUCCUCCACCUGUUGUUACAAUCCAAAAAUCUCCAGUAAUUGAAGGUUACAGUUACCCACGUCCUCGAGUGUCAUUUACCCUACCACCACCUACGCCCAGAGUGUAUACUACUGAGAAGCCUGUAACGCGCACAACGCCAGUUCCAACGUAUUUGCCACCAAAGCCAACGCCAACGUACUUGCCGCCUCCAUCUACAACACGACGUCCUCUACCUCCGCCAACUUACACAACGCAGAAACCUUUACCCAUUGUAACUGUAGCUAGGACCCAGCCUCCGGCAACGUAUCUUCCGCCAGUAACGUAUCUUCCCCCAACAACAAGGAGGGUUUAUACAACGGAGAAACCCGUAUAUUUGCCACCUAGAACCACAACUCCAAGACCUCCACCACCACCACCAACGCCUACAUACCUGCCACCACGACCUCGAACGACUCCACCACCCCCUAGGCCUACACCAACUUAUCUACCUCCUCCGACGACUAGGAAAAUUUUCACAACGGAAAAACCAAUCUAUCUCCCCCCUGUAACCACACCUAGACCUCCUCCACCUACUCCUACCUAUCUUCCUCCAACGACAACACGGCGUCCGCCGCCACCUACGCCCACGUACCUUCCUCCAACGACAAGAGCACCACCACCAGUUUACACAACACAGAAACCAUUGCCGAUUGUUACUGUUGCACGAACGCCAGUUCCAGCGUACCUUCCUCCAAGAACAACAACCCCUAGGCCUCCACCACCAACCCCAACCUAUCUUCCUCCAGUAACAAGGCCAAGGACAACUCAACUACCACCUAGGCCUACCCCAAGCUAUCUUCCCCCAACGACAAGAGAAGUUUUCCAAACGGAAAAGCUCAUUUACAUCCCUCCAGUUACGACGGCACGGCCACGUACCACACCUGCUCCUGAAUACCUUCCCCCACAGCCAAGUGGGUACUUUUAUCCCAAACCCGCAAUCCCAUUUGACUUUUAGAGGUCAUCCCCAGCGCAAAGCAUAAAGUCCCAGUCUUUUAUCAUAUAAAAGUCAUUGCCACUCUGUGAGUGACUGUGUUGCUUUAACUUAUAACGAAAGGAUAAUGUUUAUACUGCGUAUAGUCAGAUUAAAAAAAAAUUGAAUAAAGAAAGAAAUCCAGUAAAAUUAUGCUUCUGCAGCACUGCCAAUUUAUGUUUAAAAUAGACCGCAUGUUGCAAUACUACCAUUUCAUCAUGCGAAAUGCAGGUGAAGAUCACAUCAAAAUCUUGAGGAGUUGAUUGGAAAUUAGAAAUUAAAAAAAAAUGUAAAAGUGGUUACCCCCAAAAUCAAAAUGUGGUUGAAUGAAUGAAAGGAAAAAAAAAGAUUUCUAAAUACUCAUUCUUUUUGUGAAGAUUAUAAUUUAAUAAUAAAGUAUAAAUCUUGUGAAUCA